GAACUUGAAAGGUUUAACCAGGGAUACAAAAGUCUACAAAGUAUAUAUGUUCUGUUUGUUUUGCUUAUAUCACCAUUUCUUCUCACUUCAAACGUUAAGAAAUUCUCGUUCCCGAGGCAUUCAUAUUUCCAGAAUCCAAACAAUUGGCAACAUUGAAUUGAACGCCAGUCCGGCAAGGCCAGGGCAUUUUGCGUCAAAAUUUGUAGUAGCGCCGCAGCUGAUUUGAUUUUCCAUCGCCAAACGAAGUUUGAGCAAACAAUACACAAUGUCAGUCGCCGACACCAUCGAAUACGUGACCCUGGGCAAUCCUGUCAGCAAAAUGGUAGCCUCGUCCGCAUCCGCCCUGCUCCGCACGCUUGGUCUGCGUCCUAAGAAAGUGCCGGUGCAGGAGACGAGUAUGGCGCUGAUCCCUGCCGCGAACUACGCGCAUUCACACGGAUCGCUCUACCGACUGGCCGGCAGCCACUACCACUUCAUUCGGCUGGCCGGGAUCGGCGGCGCGUCGGCCAUCUUUAUGGGCGCCUACUGCAAGUACGUCCUGAAGGACGUCAGCGAUCCCAAGGAGCAGGUGGACUCGCAGGCCUUUGCUGAUGUGGCCAAUCGCAUCCACUUCCUGCAUUCCUUUGCCAUGAUGGCCAUGCCUCUGGCCCACUAUCCCGUAUUCACUGGCACUUUGAUGAUUACGGGCAUGAUGCUCUUCAGCGGCUGCAUGUACUACCGCGCUUUGACUGGCGAGAAGCGGCUGCAGCCGUACGCGACCGUCGGAGGAUUCUGCCUGAUGGCCGCGUGGCUGUCGCUGGUCCUAUAGGAUGCGCGGAGGGGAGGCCAACUAUCUAUUUUCCAUGUAGCACAUGCUGAACUGCAAUUUAGUGCAGAGGCAAAUAAAGCUAAGCCAUAAAACAUAAAACAACAUCAA